AUGGGGUCUGGAGGCAGCCUGAGGAUUGCUCUUUUAUGCUGGGUGCUUGCUAAAGUAGUGUCUUACAGUCCCUGGGAUUUCUCUCAGAGGGAUUCAGGGUUUUUGAGAGUAAGAGGAGACUCUUCUUGGAGACAGCCUCAUGUGCCUUCCUUCUCUCAGCCCUCCCCCUGGGCUUGGGUUGAUAUCUCCCAGCUCCAGGCUGCGUCCCCGCUGCACCCUGUGGCUGUGCAGUGCCAGGAGGCUCAGAUGGUGGUUACUGUGCACAGGGACCUCUUUGGCACAGGGCGCCUGGUGAGGGCUGCGGACUUGACCCUGGGCCCUGCUGCCUGCCAGCCUGCAGCCCUGAAUUCUGCGGACAACACAGUGACCUUUGUGGCUGGGCUCCACGAGUGUGGCAGCACCCUGCAGAUGACCCUGGACUCCUUGAUCUACAAAACAAGCUUAUUCUACAAGCCUACUCCUACUGGCAACCUGGUCAUCAUAAGAACCAACCCUGCCGUGGUUCCUAUUGAAUGUCAUUAUCCCAGGAAGAAUAAUGUGAGCAGCAAUGCCAUCAGGCCCACGUGGGCUCCGUUCCACUCCACCCUGUCAGCAGAGGAGAAGCUGAUGUUCUCCCUGCGCCUCAUGAAUGAUGACUGGAGUGCAGAAAGACUCUCCAAUGGAUUCCAGCUGGGAGAGAGCCUGCAUUUCCAAGCUGAUGUCAGCUCAGGGAACCAUGUCCCUCUAAGACUCUUUGUAGAUGACUGUGUUGCUACCUUGACUCCAGACAGGAACUCCUCUCCCCGAUAUGCCUUGAUUGACCUCAAUGGGUGUUUGGUGGAUGGGAGAUCAGAUGAGACUACCUCAGCCUUUGUGUCCCCAAGAUCAAGGCAGGAAACACUGCAGUUUAUAGUUGAUGUAUUCAAAUUUGCAGGAGAUGACAGAAACUUGAUCUAUAUCACCUGCCACCUGAAGGUCUCCCCAGUUGACCAGCCCCCAAAUCCACUAAACAAGGCCUGUUUCUUCAACAAAGCCAGCAACCUCUGGGUUCCAGUGGAGGGUACUGGAGACAUCUGCAGCUGCUGUGAGACUGGCCACUGCCACUUACAUGGAGGGUACUCCAGGAGAAAUAACCCUCUGGCCAGAUGGCCAGGGAGGCGCUUGAGAAGAGAUGCGCCUUCUGGACAAGAUGUGUCCUCAAAGGAACUGGAGGCUGAGAUCUCAGUUGGACCACUAAUAAUCCUUGAUCCAACUCAGGGAUUAUGGAGUUCCUCAGAAGAUCUCUUGCCAGCAGGGAAGACUCCACAGGGUGCUGCUGAAGGACUUCCUAUGCUGGUCCAAAUUGUCAUGCUCAUUGCAGCCUCUGUGCUGAGCUUAAUUGCCCUUGGACUGUUCCUGGUGUGCAGAAACUGCAGCUGA